AUGAAGCUCCUACGCCUCCUCGCCGCCACCGGCGCCGCCAGCGCACACACCAUCUUCGUCUCCCUCGAAGUCGACGGCCAAAACCUCGGCAUCUCCAACGGCGUCCGCACGCCCAGCUACGACGGCCCCAUCAUGGACGUCUCGUCCCAGUCCCUCGCGUGCAACGGCGACCCCAACCCCACCAUGGCCACCGACACCGUCAUCGACGUCAAGGCCGGCUCCACCCCACGUCGGCCCCACCAUCGCCUACCUCAAAAAGUCGACGACGCCAAGACGGCCGCCGGCCCCGGCGACGGCUGGUUCAAGAUCCAGGAAGACGGCUACAGCGGCGGCGUGUGGGGCACGUCCAAGGUGAUUCAGAACGGCGGCAAGCACGCCAUCACCAUUCCCGAGUGCAUCGAGGAGGGCCAGUACCUGCUUCGCGCGGAGAUGAUUGCUCUUCACGGCGCUGGUACCUACCCCGGUGCUCAGUUCUACAUGGAGUGCGCCCAGAUCAACGUCGUCGGUGCGAGCGGCGCCAAGAAGCCCUCCACCGUCAGCCUACCCGGCGCCUACUCUGGCUCCGACCCGGGCGUCCAAAUUAGCGUCUAUUACCCCCUAUCGAGAACUAUGUCGUCCCCGGCCCACAGGUAUUCACCUGCUAAGCAGAGUGAUGCUUAA